AUGCAAUAUGGUCUGAAUUGUUUGUUAAAGCAGGGACUCUUCCUGCCUGACAAUGUACAGCAAGAUCCUCACUCGCCUUGCCUGGACUUUAUGAAUAUUAUCUCACUGCCAGAAAAUUGCUUAGAUGUCGGCCUAGACACUUAUGCGUUCAUUGAAAGUCAUCAUGCAGAGAUAUAUAGACUCUCUACCAAUAAUACUAUCGACCUUUUAAAGAGCAACUACCUAGAAAAUAGAAAGCUAGGAGCAAUUUACUUAGAGGGUGGCCUCUACCCUCCUAGCGAACUAGGUUCUAUCAAGACUAAUUCGAAGAAUCCCAAAAUUUUGGUGUUAAAUCUCGCACUAUCAGACGCUAUACAUAGCAAGACAUCAGAAGAGAUCGUCUAG